AUGAACCCGUCCGAGCGCACCAAGGAAGCGCUUCUUGCCAAGACCGAAGCACUAUGUACAUCGAUUGUGGAUAAUCGCAAGGACGAUCCCUGGGGCGGCGAUGGCUACCUGUCCACCAUCCUGCGUACGGUCAAGAUGCACGAGGCUACCGACUACUCGUCGGUGCACAACAAGACGGAAUUCGAGCCUGCCCUCGACUUCUCGACGUCUGCACACAAGGAGCUCUUGAUCAAGGAACAGACUGCGGCACUG